GUACAAUUGUAUGCCACACAAGGAGCCCCAGAGAAGACAGACUUAUACUGGGUUUGUCAGAUGCUUCAUUGGUGAUGUAUGAUGACUACAGAAAAGCUACAGUACUUAUAAGGGCAUCAGUACCUCCGACAAGCAUAGCUUGGCAUCCCGGUGGAACACUGUUGCUGGUGGCCAGUUCUAGAGGAGACAUUCAGCUGUUUGACAAAGCCCUGUCAUCCCUUGGCAUCCAGCUGGUCAGUGAAGAGCCGUCUGCUGAGAAGUAUCUUCGCCUGGGCAAGUACAUCAGGACAUCUACAGCUUUGAAGGAUAUAAACUGGUGCCCCUUUUCUCCACACAGCUGUGAAUUUGUGACAAGUUCUAUGGAUGCAUUGUUCAUUGCCUUCAGCAGGGGCCCUAUUGGUCUAAUGCAGUUUCAUUUGGGAGUGAGGAGCCAAGACAGAUUUUCUUGUGUGGACCUAGUCAAAGAGUACAUUAAGCACAAACAGAUAGAUGAGGCAGUCAGCUUGCUGUCCAGCAUUAACUGGGAUGUUGAGGGGCAGGCAUGUUACUCUUGUCUAUCUGCUAUCAUGAAUCAUCUUCUACGGAUACCCUUGAAUGCAGAAAGGGAAGAUCAGAUACAAACAGCCUUAGCAACAUUCUAUGCACCAAAGCCACCAAUUUCUGAAGAUACAAUUCUUGAGUAUCGAGAUGCUGUCAGCCAGCUUGCCCGCAGGUUCUUUCAUCACUUGUUGAGGUAUGUGAGAUUUGAUAAAGCAUUUCUUCUAGCAGUGGAUAUUGGUGCCCGGGACCUGUUCAUGGAUAUACAUUACAUGGCAGCAGACAAAGGGGAGAUAGCUCUGGCAGAAGUUGCCAAACGAAAAGCUCAUGAGAUAGAGUUUGAUGGCCUUGAUUCCAUAGACAGUUUUGAGGAUGAUUCGUAUGUGAAUCAUCCUGCACACAAUGGCAGCCGCACAGGCCACAUGGAUGGGGCUGUCGUGGACCAGGUAGAUGAUGUUUUUAUAUUUGCCACUAUUGUUUUAUCUGUCGGUUUGCUUGAGAGAAACCUUAAAUGGUUAAAU